CUCUACACUAUCGCCGUCGCAAAAUCGGCCUAAAUUAUUUUUUAAUUUAUUUCUUUUCACCUUAAAUGCUCUUCUGUCGAUCCGUUACAGAAGAGCUCUGUGGAUCCGUUUGUCGCCAUUAAUGUGCAUUGUUUGAUGCUCGGCGAUUUCCCUGAUCGGAGUAGAGGUUGCCUCGGUUUCUGCGCUUCGGACGAGAAUGUCGGGCCCUUUGGACCGGUUUGCGAGGCCAUGCUUUGAAGGGUUCUCUGGUAGUGAUGAGAGAAGAGAAAGGAAGUCUGACUUUGAAAACUCUGAGGAUGAGAGGAGAACUAGAAUUGGAUCUCUGAAAAAGAAAGCGAUAAAUGCAUCUACUAAGUUUAAGCAUUCUCUCAAGAAAAAGAGCAGUAGACGAAAAAGUGAUGGGCGAGUAAGCUCUGUCUCCAUUGAGGAUGUUCGAGAUGCCGAAGAGCUACAGGCCGUUGAUGCAUUUCGACAAGCACUAAUGUUGGAUGAAUUACUGCCUGAAAGACAUGAUGACUAUCAUAUGAUGUUGAGGUUCUUAAAGGCAAGGAAGUUUGAUAUUGAGAAAGCAAAGCAUAUGUGGUCUGAUAUGCUUCAAUGGAGGAAGGACUUUAGUGCUGACACUAUUAUGGAGGAUUUUGAGUUCAAAGAGUUGAAUGAAGUUCUUAAGUAUUACCCUCAUGGGCAUCAUGGUGUGGAUAAGGAGGGAAGACCCAUCUAUAUUGAAAGAUUGGGAAAAGUGGAUCCCAAUAAACUAAUGCAAGUUACAACUAUGGACCGAUAUGUAAAAUACCAUGUUCAAGAAUUUGAGAAAAGCUUUGCGAUAAAGUUUCCAGCUUGCACAAUUGCUGCAAAGAGACACAUAGAUUCAAGCACUACAAUAUUAGAUGUUCAAGGCGUGGGCUUAAAGAAUUUUACAAAGUCUGCAAGGGAACUGAUUAUGCGUUUGCAGAAGAUUGAUGGUGACAAUUACCCUGAGACUCUGUGCCAAAUGUUUAUCAUCAAUGCUGGUCCUGGAUUUAGGCUGCUCUGGAACACUGUAAAGACUUUUCUGGAUCCCAAAACGACCUCCAAAAUUCAUGUUCUUGGGAACAAAUACCAGAACAAAUUGCUUGAAAUUAUUGAUGCCAGUGAGUUGCCAGUAUUUCUAGGUGGUAACUGUACCUGUGCAGAUCAGGGAGGCUGCCUUCGAUCUGAUAAGGGUCCAUGGAAGAACCCAGAAAUAUUGAAGAUGGUUCUUAAUGGUGAAGCACGGCGUGCCCGGCAGAUUUUCAAAGUUUUGAACAGCGAGGGGAAGGUUAUUGCCUAUGCUAAACCACAUUACCCAAUGGUAAAAGGUAGUGAUACAUCUACCGCUGAGUCAGGCUCUGAAGCUGAAGAUAUUGCUUCCCCUAAAGCGACAAAGAGUUAUUCACAUCUCCGGUUGACUCCUGUUCGUGAAGAAGCUAAGGUAGUUGGAAAGUCAAGCUAUGCUGUCCACUUUGCUGGUUAUGAUGAAUAUGUACCCAUGGUUGACAAAGCCGUUGAUGCAGAAUGGAAGAAGCAUGUGUCCCUUCAACGAUCACAGUCUUCCAAAGGAACACUUCCCCUGCCCAAUACUCCAAAAGCUCCAGAAGGAUUACGUGCACAAGUUUUAAUUCUGCUUACAGCAUUCUUCCUGACUUUAAUCACCUUCUUACGUUCAGUGAUAUGUCGUGUAAUUAGAAAGUUUCCUGACACAUUGCCUAACUGUGAUCAAAAUACUGCUGAGUCUACUGUUGAUGCAAACAAGGAAGACUAUCGUCCCCCUUCACCAACUCCAGCAUUUACAGAAGCAGAUGUACUCUCCGCUGUAGUGAAAAGGCUAGGGGAGCUUGAGGAGAAGGUUGAUGCACUUCAAUCAAAGCCAUCUCGAAUGCCUUUUGAGAAAGAGGAAUUGCUUAAUGCCGCUGUUUGUCGUGUUGAUGCUUUAGAAGCAGAGCUAAUUGCUACCAAAAAGGCUCUUUAUGAAGCUUUAAUGAGGCAAGAAGAACUGCUUGCGUACAUAGACAGACAAGAAGAAGCUAGGCUCCGGAAAAAGAAGACUUGCUGGUGAAGUGGUUUACGGAUGGAGGGGAGACCACAAAAAGGUUCAUUUGUGCUGUUUCUUAAUGUCAUUUUAGUGAGUGUGACAAACCCGGCCUUGAUCUUACAUUAUGUCACCAUCAUCCUAAAUGAUGUGAACUAAGCCAAUGAGAGGAUUCCUGACCUUUCUUGUGACAAAAUGUGUAUCGGGUCCUUUCUCAAACUCGAACAAUUGUGCAGUUUGUUUUGUAUAUUUCCUUGCCCUGUGAUGUUUUGAAAGAGUGAACACGAGGACACAUCAUAACCAAGAGCUUUUCAUAUCUACUAAGAAUAUAUAUAAAAUAUAUUAUCGACA